CGCCCUGGAGAAGCCGCAGCCCGGGUGUUCCUGUGUGCCCAAGCGACAUGGCCGAGGCUCCGGCCAGCUCCGAAAAGGUGCCUCUUUUCAGGCAGGAAAAGCGAGGCGGCCUCACCUACCGCAUCCCGGCCCUACUCUACCUGCCGCCCGAGUCCUCUUUCCUGGCAUUUGCGGAAGAGCGCUCCUCGCCCCAAGACAGGGAUGCGAAGUUCCUGGUGAUGAGACGCGGGCAGAAGGAAGGGACGACUGUCCAGUGGGGUCCCCCGGAGCCCCUCUUGACGGCGACGCUGCCCAAGUACCGCACCAUGAACCCUUGCCCGGUGUACGAGAGGAAGAGCGGCACGGUUUUCCUCUUCUUCAUCUGCGUGUUGGACCAUAUCACGUCACGGUACCAGAUCGCCAUGGGCAGGAGCGCCGUCCGGCUGUGCCACGUCUCCAGCCGAGAUGGCGGCCGCACCUGGAGCGAGGCCACAGACCUGACCGGGCAGCUGAUGGGAGGCAGCUUGCGCAACUGGGCCACCUUCGCGGUGGGGCCGGGCCACGGGGUGCAGCUCCGCUCCGGGCGCCUGGUGGUGCCGGCCUACGCCUACUGCAUCCACAGGCGCUGCCUCGGUUGCUUCUCCGUCUGCUUCACGAAGCCGCAUUCGUUCACCCUGUACAGUGACGACGGCGGGCGGAACUGGGUGCGGGGCCAGCUCCUGCAGGGCCUGCAGACGACGGAGUGCCAGGUGGCCGAGCUGACCCGCCCGGACAGCCGCCGGAGGUUGUACAUCAACGCCCGCAGCCAGAGCCGGGCCCGGUGCCGGGCCGAGGCCUUCAGCUCGGACGACGGGCAGCUCUUUGAGGGGUCCUCCCUCUGCAGGCAGUUGUGCGAGCCGCCCCACGGAUGCCAGGGCAGCGUGGUGAGCUUCACCCCACAGCCAGCGCUCUCGGAUCCGGGCCGGGAGGAAGAAGCGGCCGAAGCGGCCCACCUGUUGGGCAUUCACCCAUCCUGCAGCUCCAUCAAGAGCGGCUCGUCCUGGCUGAUGUUCUCCCAUCCCGUGAGCAGGAGCAAGCGGCUGGACCUGGGCAUCUACCUGAACCCCUCCCCACUGGAGGAGGGCGGCUGGAAGGCCCCCUGGGUGCUGCAGAGCGGGCCCAGCGGCUACUCGGACCUGGCCGUGUGUGAGGGCGGGGAGUCCCUGGCCUUCGGGUGCCUGUUUGAGUGUGGGGUGACCUCCCCCUAUGAAGAGAUCGCCUUUCGGCUCUUCACCGACGGCGAACUCCUGGAGAACGUGAGGCUGGACCGGAGCUGUGCGGAUUCUCCUCCGGCAGCUCCCCACGCGUAAAGGUGCGAGGACGUUUGCCAGCCAAGGACCGCCAUAUGGGGUGGGCGCUUUUCAACGCUCUGUUGUACCCCAGAAAAUGUAUGCAUUUCCCAAGCCAAUUCAUAACAAUGAAUGGAAGCUGGUAGCAAAUGCAGCAUUUCAGAGUUGUUAUCAAUGUUUUCCCAGGGGAUUAUCCUGAGUUUUCCCCUGGGAAAACAUUAACACGAGGGAAUACUUGCUCUGCCAUUGAAAUCCACCCAGGAUUGGCUUCACGCAACAUGGUCAGUCUUGGCGGCCCGUAAACUGGGGUGGUUGGUCCUGUCGUCUGAAUCCAGCUGCAUGGCUUGUUACCCACUCUUUCACAAACUACCCCCGGUUCCUAGGCCACCAUGGCUGGUUGUGUUGUGUGAACCCAGGGUAUACCUCCAAGUAAAACAGAGCUAGUGAGUUGUGACAGCGAAACGGAAGGAGUGGUUGUCAGUAUCACACACCUUUGACUGGCUAAAGUUUCUUGGCAUGCCAACAGUUUUCAUUACCUUCGAAGGGAAGUGCAUAGUCUCGUCUUUAAUUUUUGUCACAUAGUCCAGUAAAAAUUUCUACCUAAAAUAACACUUAAAUUCUGUGAUGUGCUUUGUUUUUUCCUUCUACUAUUUCAAGCCAAAUACAUGUGGUAUA